AGUUCUUUAAGAGAACGGGGAAUAACGUGACGGUCGUGUGUGUGACAGUAGUGUGUGUGUGUGACAGUAGUGUGUUUACCCAGGAGUGUGUGUGUGUGUGUGACAGUAGUGUGUUUACCCGGGAGUGUGUGUGUGUGACAGUAGUGUGUUUACCCGGGAGUGUGUGUGACGGACAGACGGACAGAUGGGAGCCUAUAAUCGCUGCUUGUUGGCCGUGUGGUUAGUCCAGGUGUGUAGUUCCGGUGAAUUGUCAUGCUUUAGCACGACUUACAUUAACGUGUCUUACGUGAACCCAGUAACUACCCGGACGGUGUGGCGGCGCGAGGAGAUCGGGCUGUACGGCAUCCAGUCACCCACAUACACCGUCUCGGGGACCGUGUACCUGGCCGAGCCCAUUCACGCAUGCGCAAACAACACAAGGUUCGUGCGGCCUUCGGGCUUGGAGCCCUGGAUAGCGCUCGUGCAGCGGGGUAACGGAUGCACGUUCACGUAUAAGAUCAACGCGGCUGCGCGCAACGGAGCAUCAGCAGCCGUCAUCUACAAUAACUAUGGAACCGACAACACUGUCAUCCAGAUGUCACAUCCGGGUACCUCGAUUGUGGCAGUGAUGAUUGGUAAUGCUCAUGGAAUGGAGCUGGUGAAGCUGUUGGAGAACAACGUGUCUGUCACACUGACCGUAGAGGUGGGGCUUCAGCGUGGCUUGUGGAUGAGUCACUACUCCGUCAUAUUCAUCUCUAUUUCCUUCUUCAUCAUCACCACGGCGACUGUGUGCUACUUCAUCAUCUUCUUUGCACAGAGACUCAACAACAUACGCCAGCGGGACCAUAAACAGAAACAGAUGAAGGCACAAGCAAGGAAAGCAAUUGGUCAACUCAAGGUUCGCACACUCAAACAAGGAGAUGAGGAGACAGGACCGGAUGCUGACGCUUGUGCUGUGUGUAUCGAGUCGUAUAAACCAGGAGACCUGCUCUCUGUCCUAACCUGCAAUCAUUUCUUUCAUAAGGCAUGUAUUGAUCCGUGGCUGAUGGAGCACAGAACCUGUCCAAUGUGCAAGUGUGACAUCCUCAAAGCCCUCGGAGUAGAGACAGAGGAUGAACAGCAGCACAUGCCGAACAUCACUUCUGAUUCAUUUCCCAGCAGCACUCAGGAACCAAACCCUGAGUCACCUGCACACAGCGAUGUGGCUUCUUCUGGAUACGAGUCUCUGCAAGCAGCAGAGCAGCUGAGCAAUAAUGAACACACACAUGAGGGUUUGGAUGCAGUGUGUGUGGACGUGCAGCCACACUAUGAUAACCCCGCCUUUGAGAAUGAAACUCGCAGCUAGAAGAUGAGAAAAACACACUGCAACUGUCUCUCUCUCUCUCACACACACACACACACACACACAAAUAUACUGUACAUUUACGGUCACAUUUUUGGGUUUAAAGAAAUGCAUUUAGGUUUAUUUCUCUGUGUGAGUAAAUGAAUUAAUGUGACCUCGUUCUGGGGUUAAUGGGAGGAUUGUGUGCUCUCUUCUCUAUAUCUAGUUUAGGUGUGUGUGUGUGUGUGUGUGUGUGUGUAUAAAUAUAUAUACAUUCUAAAUUUCAACAAUUAUUUUAACUGUAAUAGAUAUUUUACAACACACAGCACAACACUGGUGUGUGCUCACUUCACAGUGUGGCCUUAUUGCUAUCUUAUUGAACUGCUGAUAAAUAGUUACAUAAAAAUUGUAAUUUUAAACUAAUUAUAUUGAUAUGAAAAUUUAAGCUGUAAAUAAAGUAUCUUUUUAUCACAAAA